AAUUCUAAACUCAAAUUGGUGAAGUGAACGGGGCCUUAGUCUCUUAUAACAUUGUUCCUAAAUAUUCCCUACUCAAAUUUAAAAUAUAUAUACAUAUGAAAGAGAGAGAGUGUGUGUCGAAUAUUUUGGAACGCGUCAGACCACGAAAUAUUGCAAACAGUCCACUUUAACUCGACUAAACAACAAUAACAAUGCUUUCAGCGUCAAAGAAGAUUCUUUUCGUCUUUCUCAGAGGCAUAAACACAAACAGCUACAAGGCACAAAACCUCCGAUAUUUCCAGACCUUGCCCAGCACUGCCGUCAAUGGCGACCACUACCAGAACAGCACCAAACCCUCCUCCUCGAAGGACAACUACUUCGCCGCCAUCCACCACAUCUCGAACAUCGUGCAGCGCGACUUCUACAUGGAGCGGACCCUCAACAAGCUCCGCAUCGCCGCCGUCGACUCCGACCUCGUCUUCCGCGUCCUCCGCGCCUGCCACAAGUUCGGCCCUGAGUCCCUCCGCUUCUUCAACUGGGCCCGCUCCCAUCAGCCCUCUUACCGCCCCACCUCCGUCGAGCUCGAAGAGCUCGCCAAAAACCUAGCCCGCACCAAGAAGUACGAGUCCAUGUGGAAGAUCCUUCAACAGAUGAAGACCAAUAACAACCUCAUUAUCUCCUCCGAAACCCUCUGCUUCAUCAUCGAAGAGUACGGGAAACAAGGACUGGUCGAUCAGGCCGCGGAGGUCUUCAAUCGAGUUCCGAAGAUUUUCAACUGUUCGCAGACCGUGGAGGUCUAUAACUCGCUGCUGUUUGCCCUCUGCGAAGUUAAGCUUUUCCAUGGCGCUUACGCUUUGGUGAGGAGGAUGAUAAGGAAGGAAGUUGUUCCUGAUAAGAGGACGUAUUCGAUUCUGGUGAAUGCAUGGUGCUCGGCGGGGAAGAUGAGGGAGGCGCAAAAUUUCUUGUCGGAGAUGAGCAAGAAAGGAUUCAACCCGCCGGUUCGAGGCCGCGACCUCCUGAUCGAAGGGCUGUUGAACGCCGGCUACAUCGAGUCGGCGAAAGAGAUGGUGCGGAAAAUGGUGAAAGAAGGCUUCUUGCCUGAUGUUUCCACCUUCAAUUCUCUCGUUGAAGUGAUCUGUAAAUCCGAGGAAGUUGAGUUCUGCAUUGAUCUUUACCAUCAAGUGUGUGGGCUCGGGCUUUGUCCCGAUAUCAACACCUACAAGGUGUUGAUCCCUGCGGUUUCAAAGGCGGGUCAGAUCGAUGAGGCGUUUAGGCUUCUGCAUAGCUCCAUUGAAGAUGGGCACAAGCCGUUUCCGAGCUUGUAUGCGCCUAUAAUCAAGGGAAUGUGCAGGAAGGGACAAUUUGAUGACGCGCUUUGUUUCUUUGGUGAGAUGAAGGUUAAGGGGCAUCCACCGAACCGACCGGUGUACACCAUGUUGAUCACGAUGUGCGGCCGUGGAGGCCGGUUUGUUGAUGCUGCGAAUUACUUGGUGGAGAUGACGGAGAUAGGGUUGACACCGAUUUCUCGGUGCUUUGAUUUGGUCACUGAUGGAUUGAAGAACUGUGGGAAGCAUGAUUUGGCUAGGAGGAUUGAGCAAUUGGAAGUUUCUGCCCGUGGCAUGUGAUAUGUUGUGAACGCUCUCAGGUGAAGUGCAAUCAACUCUUGUUUUGACUGUUUGGAGGAUAAAUCAAUCAUGGCUUCAACCUUUGUCAGACCCUUACUUAGGAUGGUUUACACUAGAAGGGGUAAGCGUGGCAAGAAGCAGAGAAUUCGGGGCCAAGGAGUAUUUUCUGAAAGUGGCUAGGGAAAACAUGUUAGAAUCAGGGGGUAUAUUGUGGUUAGGGCAAGCAGGAUGAGAUUAGGCCGUAUUUUGCUAAUUUUCUGGUGUUCUGUUGCCGACAGAGGCUUGGAGUCCCGGAGUACUAGAAAUCUCCGGAAUUAUCCCUUUACUUUUCUAUUGUUCUUGUGUAAUCUGUGUUUGCUGGUGUUGAUCAAUAAAACCCCUGAUUCCAUCCUUUAUUCUCAUUGAUUUCUGCUUGUGUGUGAACCAGGUACCUAACAACCUUCAAGAGCAUUCCUCAACGGAAAAGGCGGGAAAUUCCCUGAGCUUUCCUUCUGUUUUACCAAUCUAAAGCUUGGAUUUUUUUUCUGCACAGCUUCUUUGGGUUUCGGAAAGGAAAAAGAACCACAUUACAACCUGUGUUAGCUUCCAUUGACAAGUUAGUAUGGUGAAGAAACAGAGUGGAGUUCAGAUUUCCCAAGCAUUUCAAUUACUGUUUCUUGGGUGCCGAGCCGUAGUACUCUCAAAUGCAACAAUCUCUGAGGAUGCAGUCUAAUUAUAAUGAACUUACUGUUUUUAAUCAGCAAGAACUCGUGUUGCGCUAUUGUAUGACAUUGAUCACAGAACCAUAAUUACGGCAGGGGAAGCUUUUAAGGUGCCCUAGGAACAUAGCAGAAAAGAUAUACCUCCGCUCGGGAGUUGAGUUUUUCAGAUGGUCUGUAUUGGCAAAAGAAAAUGGCAAGAAAAGUUCAAAGAAGUUGCAUGUACAAAACCAGGCCGUUGGGGGUAAAUGUAUCCUUGUAAAGUUCAAAUACUCUGAUGAGUUGAUCCCUGCUCUAUUUUAUCUCUUUCCGUUACCGGAAGUACCUAAUAUAUGAAUUUGCUAGUCAUAUUAAUCUCCAGGAAUAUACUGUCAUGCUGCUGUGGCUGCUCUUCAAGUUCCAUUCCUUAAAAGUCUAUGAAUAUAUCUUACAAAGAAUGAUGUUGGGACACGAGAUGUUGGGUAGUGUGUAGACAUUUGCUGCACAACAUUUGAAAAGAGGCUCAAUUUGAGUAAACCAGGAACCCGCUUUUCAGAGAUAAUGGAAACAGAAAGCUCAGAAAUAUAGAAAGAAUGUACUGGCGCGGGAUACAAAAGGAAUCAGCAAAGAGGCUGCUAUGUAGAGUGGAGAAAAUUUUGUUGAUGUUAAC